AUGGCUUCGCGGUCAAGUGGGAAGCACUCUUCUGCGUCCUCGUCCUCCUCGAGUUCAAGACGCACAAAGGAGUCCAAGAGCGACGACUGGAGCGACGUCAUGGACCCAGAGCAGAGACGACGCAUCCAGAACCGUAUUGCUCAGAGAAAGUUCCGUGAGAGAACACGAGACCAAAAGGAACAGUCGGAGAGGGACACGCGCAACAAAAAGUACGCACACGUCUCAUACCUUACCCCGGACCCCAACGACCUCGGCAGUGUUGAGGACGAGAGUCUCGAGGGUGUGCCUUGGGGCGGCCCGAGCAUGAGACAUAUCCUCUCCCGUGGCUACGCCCACGAGCGGCGACGCAAUGGCGCCGGUGCUGCCGGUGGCGGUUUCGACGACGACGACGGCAGCAGCUACAGCCACCAUCACGACAGCGGCAACAACAGCAGCGGCGGCAGUGUGGCCCAGUGCUACCAGGUCGACGAUCACGACGACCGCGAGUAUCACGACUACGACGAUGAAGAGACCGUCGUGCCGGGCCCCAUGACGAGCGGCCCUGUCAUGCCUGCUGCGUCGGUAUACUACGCUGAUCCGUACGUUGCGCAAGGAGGCUAUCCGACCACGACGUACGGACAUCCAGCAACCGCAAUCCCGAGUUACGUCGUCACGAGCAGCGACGAGUAUAGUCAGCAGGCUGACUACUCGCAAAACUAUGACUAUGCGUUCCCCGCGAACGAUUACAGUAGAGGUCACUGA